AUGACUAGUUCUGGUGAACAGCUAACGUUAGCCAGAGACAUAAAAAGGGCUAUCGAAUUAUUAGAAAAGCUGCAGCAAAGUGGAGAAGUACCAGCAACGAAACUUGCUGCACUGCAAAAAGUGUUACAAAGUGAUUUUUUGAAUGCUGUGAGAGAAGUAUAUGAACAUGUUUAUGAAACCGUAGACAUACAAGGUUCUGCAGAUAUUCGUGCAUCGGCAACAGCUAAAGCCACUGUUGCUGCCUUUGCAGCCGCCGAAGGCCACGCUCACCCUAGAGUUGUUGAGCUACCAAAAACUGAAGAGGGUUUGGGAUUUAAUGUAAUGGGAGGAAAAGAACAGAACUCUCCAAUUUAUAUAUCACGUAUUAUUCCCGGGGGAGUAGCAGAUCGCCAUGGUGGACUAAAAAGAGGAGAUCAAUUGCUUUCAGUAAAUGGAGUUUCAGUAGAAGGUGAAAAUCAUGAAAAAGCUGUAGAGCUGCUCAAGCAAGCUGUCGGAUCUGUUAAAUUAGUAGUACGUUACACACCUAAGGUGUUGGAAGAGAUGGAAAUGCGAUUUGACAAGCAGAGAACUGCAAGGAGGCGUCAGAAUUACAACUAA